AUGGCGAAAGUGGUAGCGGAAGCGGAGGAGCUGCCGAAGGCUAUCGUGCGCCGAGUGGUGAAGGAUAAGCUUUCCCAGUGCUCCAAGGGCGACGGUGACCUAACUCUUCACAAAGAAGCCCUCUUGGCUUUCUCCGAGAGCGCCCGAAUUUUCAUCCACUACCUUUCCGCCACAGCAAAUGACAUAUGCAAGGAAAAGAAGAGGCAGACAAUCAGCGCCGACGAUGUUUUGAAAGCGCUGGAAGAGAUUGAGUUCUCCGAGUUUAUCAAGCCUCUUGAGGCCUCGCUUAAAGGAAAGAAUGCUGGAAAGAAUGCAGAAAAGAGUGGAGGAAAGAAUGCAGGAAAACAGAAAGCAGGAACAUCAAAAGCAAAGGAAGUGAAGAAGAAGAGGAAAUUGGAAGAGCCAUCAUCGCAAAAGCUGAAGGAAAAGGAGGACAACCAAGAUGAAAAUGGCAGCGAUGAUGAAUGA